ACGCCAUUUGCAUUCUUGCUGUACUCAAUGAAGCGAACUUGAAGUCGAUUUUCUUGCUUCAGUGGCUUCAAACAAAACCAAAACUUACCGUUCUGUUGAAGAUGUCUUAGACAGUGAUUUUGAGGUCGAUUCGGGGUCAGAAUUCGGAGAACUAUCGUCCGAAGAAGAAGAAAUGAUCGAUGCUGGUUGUGAUCCACAGAUCGAGUCAGCUGAUGAGAGCUGACCUCCAAAGAGUUCUUGGCCUUUCUGGGAAUUGUCAUAUUCAUGGGUCUUGUCGAUGUUCCUUCAUUGGCCGAAUACUGGAAUGAUGACGGUUUUUUCGGUCAGGACUUUGUACGUUCUUCUGGCAUGACCAGAACACGUUUUAUGAAUAUUUUAAGAGCUCUACAUUUGUGUGAUUAUGAACAAGAUAACAUAAAUGAAUUACAUAAGUCAUGAAAAGAACCUUAUGAUCCUCUUUUUAAAUUGAAACCUCUUAUGGAUGAAUUACAAUUGGCCUGCAAAGCCUACUUUGUACCAAAACAAAAUAUUUCAAUCGAUGAAAGAAUGGUGGCCUUCAAAGGAAGAAUAGGAAUGAAGCAAUAUAUAAAAGAUAAACCCACAAAAUGGGGAUUCAAAUUAUGGAUUUUGGCUAGUUCAGACUCUGGGUACACUUAUAAAUUUCAAGUAUACACUGGGAAACGCCUUACACCCACCACCCAUGGGUUGGGUUAUGAUGUAGUUAUGGGACUGAUGGAUGGACUUUUUACUCAAGGUUAUCAUUUAUUUUGUGAUAAUUUCUACAGUAGCCCAAAAUUAUGUUCAGAUUUAUUUGAAAAGGGUUGUUUUCUAACAGGGACAAUCCGCGAAAAUAGAGUAGGUUUUCCCAGGAAUCUUGGUAACCCCCUUCCAGCUAAGGCAGAACGCAGAACAUCCAGGUGGUUUCAUGAGGGACAAACUGUAUUUGUUAAAUGGAAAGAUACUAAAGUAGUUUGUGCUUUAUCAACUUUUUAUCCAGCUACAGGGAGGGACUUCAUAGAAAGGGGUAGGGGAAAAUUAGUGGGUGGGAGAUAUGUCAAAGAUCGUGUUAACAUUCCCCCACCUAUGAAAGGUUACAAAGCUAAUAUGGGAGGAGUAGAUCUAUCUGAUCAACUUCUAAAAUGCUAUGAAAUUGUAAGGAAAUCUAGGAAGUGGUGGAAGACUUUGUUUUCUCAUUUCAUUGAUGUAGGUAUUGUUAAUAGCUUUAUCAUCCAUAGGUCAAUAGGUGGAAAACUCACCCACAAAUUGUUUCAGGUUAAUUUAGCAAAAGCCCUUCUUGAAAGGAGUGAAAUGGCACAGAAUCCUUCACCUGGACCUGGCCGUCCAAGAAAGUAUAAUUGUAGGGUUGAUCAUUGUCCAGUAGCCAUUUCACCAGAGGGACUUGAGAAUAAAUCCACUAAGGCUUCUUUGGGCAGAAAAAAAUUGUAAGCUAUGUUAUGAGUUUGACAAGAAGCAAUGAAAACCCCCUGGCAGUGUGCAGUUUGUAAUAUUCCCCUCUGCCUUCAACUUGAUCGUAAUUGUUUUCAGAGGUGGCACACUGCUGAAUGUGAUCAUUUAAGAGAUUGAUAUAUUUGAGAGCCUAAGUUUUAACAUGUAAUUGGGUUUUUGUUAAUUAAACUGCACUUAAUUCAGACAA